AUGCGGCCGCAUAAUACUGUUGCCAUUAUUGGCGCUGGAUCGGUAGGUGGUACCAUCGCUUACGGUUUGGUGAUGCGUAGCGUCGCUCAAGAGAUCUUGCUCGUCGAUAUGAGUCUCGGUAUUCUGCAAGGUCAAGCAGUGGAUCUUUCCGAAGCCGCUAUCGACACGGGUGUUACUGUGCGAGCAGCAACGUUUCACGAAGCAGGACGUUGCGAUGUUAUCAUUAUCACAGCCGACACACCGCAGCAGGAAUUUGAAGAGAGACAACGAUGGAUUCACCGGAGUAAAAAAUUAUUGCAUAGCAUCGUCCAUGCCAUGUCGCCUAUUCAACCGAAAGCGCUAAUUAUUCUGACCGCUGAGCCUAUGGAUGCACUUGUGCGCUAUCUAAACGACCUUACGAGUCUACCAUCGCAUCAUAUCUGCGGUGUAGGCACUUGUUUAUCGGGGCUACGAUUAAAAGCCCACUUGGCCCACCUGAGCAAUGUCUCUUCGGAACACAUAUCUGCCCAUGUUCUUGGUAGUCUCCAACAUCCCGUCGUCGCAUGGCACAGUGCCACCAUUGAUGGCAAACCAGCUGUUGACUAUGGUAUCAUUAAUGAGCAGAAGGAGACACUGUAUCGGGUCUCUCAUAAUGAUCGAACCGCAUGGAUCAAUGGCCGAAAAGGGGGAGCGUGGUUUGGUGUCAGUACUGUUGUAACCAAUCUUGUAAAAUCCGCCUUGACCUCCAGUGGGUCCACGUUUGUGUUAUCAACGUAUGUCGACCAAUUUCGUGGAUGUUUGUCUGUCCCUGUCAUCGUCUCUACCGAGGGCUUUCAGAAACAGAACAAAGUUGAGCUCUCUCGUGAAGAAAUCCAGGAGCUACACAGUGUCGCCAGUACGAACAACAAAGAAUACCAAGAAUAA